AUGCGCCCAGCGAGGGGUGGGAAUGACGGGCGUGUCACGGUCGCUCUAAGCCUCUCCGCGGGCCGCUGCACCUCCGCGGAGAACAACCGGCGGCGCAGCGCCAUCCGCGUCGUCCACGGCGACCCAGCGACAGGCGAUCCCGCGGGUUUGGCGAUGGCCCCGCCGGGUGAGUGGGGCGGCACGGGGGCUGGCGACGCAACUGGGGGCGGGGUGUUGGUUGUGCGCACGCCGUUCCUCACCGCAGAAGGCGGCGAAGCCGAGACGCUGCCGUACGCUGCCUACACGCGGGCACUGGCAACGCACGUGGCAGCGACACUGACGCAGGCGGAGGGCGCGGAGCUGCUCACCGUCGCACACGGGGCCGCAGGGAGCGGGAAGUCCAUUCAACUCUUCGGCCCCACCGUAGGCGGGGGUGCGGAGGUGCGCAGCGGCGGCCUCUUCACUGCCGUUCUGCAACGCAUCUUCGCCGCCGUGGAACCUGCCCCGACUGUGGCGCUCAGCGUUGUCGAGUGCAGGCCCGCCGCGGACGCCGGGGACGCGUGUCGUCCCCGCAGUGAGGCGAUGGAAGUCGGAGACGGGGACGAGGACGACGUGGCCGCUGUGGAGGCCGUCGACCUGCUCUCCCGCGCCGCGGACCGCGGCUCCCCCACGGGCUGCUUCAUGGAGGACUACGCCGACAUCCCCGCCGCCCGCUACCUUCGCUGCGGCACCGCCGCGGAGGUCACUGCCGCGCUGCACACGGCGCUCUCCCACUCGCUGGCAUGGCAGCCGGUGGGCACAGCGCUGGCGCAAGGCUCGGCGGAAGUCUUUGGGCUGCCCGACACCCGCUUUGACGCGGAGCGGCGGCGCCGCGCGGCCGAGGCCAGGGCGGAGGAGGAGGAAGAACAGCAGCAGCAAGGAGAGGCGUCUCGCGGAGCUUGCAGCACGGCGGAUUUUUUGCGUCCAACGGCAGGCGCAAGCUCACACGUUCUUGUGACACUGCUUCUUAGUUACGGCGGCGGGGCGGUGAGCAUCUGGCGUGUGUGGGACCUCGCAGGCCCCUCCGUGUGGGCGGACGACGGGGCCCCCGCCUCGCGACUGGCCUUCAACACGCACACCGCGCUUUCGCUCAUGGCGCACCGCUACAUGCACCGCGACCAGCUGCAGGGUGGCUGGUGGGACGCCGUCUCGCCGCCGGAGCAGAUUGCGGAGAUCAUUCCACUCGCUUCUGCCCACAGACAGUACGGCUGGCGCGGGGACGCCGUCGCCGCCAUGAUUGAGGCGAGCCUGCAGCACUCCUGCUCCGCCGUCGUCUGGAUCGCCUCGCUGCGGUUCGACGCCUGCUUCGACGACGUCAACGGGGAUGUGCUGGAGGCCGCCGCGGCGCUGCUGGCGGGCGGGGACGGGACAAACGGCGGGGUGAUCGCGGAGUUGCGGCGCAGGCGGCGGCAGGAGAACUUCGCCGCCGCCGCCCGUGUGAUGGACAUUUUCGCGGUCGACUUUUCCCCAGCGGCGUGGCGGCCGCAGCUGGCGGAGCGUCCUGCCUGCGCCACACCGCCGAACCCCGUGACGCCGCCCAACGCCGCUGCCGCCGUGGCAGGGGCGACGCCUCGGGGGCGGCGCCUCAUGUCCCCAGAGCGGGGGGCGUUGUUCCGUGGGGCCGCGGAGGCCCACGAUGCCUCCGGUGCCUUGGUGCCUCCCCGUUCCGGCACGGCCGCCGCUGCUGUUGUGGGGAGCUCGUCUUGGGCCGCAUUUGUUGAUCGGCGGUCGUGCCUAGAGACCCCGUUCCUGCACGAGGGCGAAACACCACCAUCACCGAAAGGGCCCCGGGCGCACCAGCAGCACGGGGGCCACGGUCAGAGCUGGAGCUCGGCGUAUGCGCCGCCGCCGCCGCCGCUGUCGCAGGUGCCGCCGUUGGGGGAGGCGGUGGGUGCAGCCGCCGCGACUCUAGGCGGGGCGUCGCCGCUGUCGCCGCCGUCCGUGGCGGGCACCGAGCACCCCGAGGAGGCCGCCACAACCGCCCACAACCUGAACUGGAGGGAGCUGUCGUGGGGGUCCGCGUCUGAGGACGGCGACGCGAUGCCUCGGCGCAGUGGGGCGACGGACCUCGCCGACAUCGUUCGGCUCCUGCUUGCCGAGCCGCUGGCGCGGCUGCGGGAGAUUUCCAGGCAGUACGAGGAGGACCUGGCGCUGCACCGCCGGCGCGUGGCCGCAGAGCUGAGCGCGCUGCUCUCCUCGCACGCAGGUGCCGCGGAGGGGCCGCAGCGGCGCGUCACGUGCUUGGGAGUGGCAGGGGAGGAAUCAGCAGAAGAGGCGGCGGCGGCGAGGGAGUCGCACGACACGAGUGACGUCGUGCCUCGUCAGCUCCAUCGGCGUCGCGAUGGCGGCCGCAGUGGCGAGACGGCGCCGAUGGACGUAUUUGGGCCCACGGCCGCGCUGCUAACCAGCCUAGACGGCGCGCUGGUGGACGGCGACGGCGGCCAAAGUAGCGGCGGCGGCGCACGGCCGUGUGGGUGUCAACGCUGGGGGGGCCGGAAGGACACCGCGGCGGCCCCCGCGCGUGCGUUGCUGACGGCGGAGCGAAGAAUCCGAUUCCUGGAGGAGCAGCUGCUGCGCCUGGAGGCUGAAAACAGCAGGCUGCGGUUGGAAGCCUCCUCCCGGCGUGUGCGGGGCGCCGCGACGCCUCACGGGCGGAGUCUCGAGGAGGUGUUUGGCGAAGUUCUGCAGCGUUGCAGCGCGCUCUACGCAAAGAAGGCGGCGGAGGUGAAACUCCUGAACCGCAGGCACGACGCGGCAUUGGACGCCCUGAGGCGCCUUCAGCGGCAAGAGCCGCAGGAGCCGCAGGAGCCGCAGGAGCCGCAGGAUACGGCGGCGGGGGCGGCGGGGCCGCUCUUCGCAGACACCACAAACCUGCACCACCCCUGCAGCGGCAGCGAGUGCGAUGCACGCGGCGGGUGUGGCAUCACCUCCCCGCCGGUUGGCCUUGUGGCUCCGCCCCCUGUGGCGCAUGCGGGGGACGCCUGCGCCGCCGACUCCCUUCGCCGCGUUCUGCUGCGGGCCACGACUUUCGCCACACCCCCCACGGGGCCGCAGGAGCAGCAGCGGCGGCAGGAAGGAGACACGUUCAGCGGCGCUCCGCUUUCCAUCGACCACGGCUUGAGCUGCUCCCUCCACGGCAGUGAGGCGGAGGCGGAGCGGGGGGUGUACGACGUGUGCGCCGGGCUGCGGGCCUUCCGUGCGGCCGCUGGGGGCGCCCGCGACAGUGCGCUGCGGGCCCUGCGCGUUGCGAAGCAGGCCUUGCAGCUCCCGCAGUCCGCUUUCCCCUCAUCGCGCCUGUUGCCCUACGCGGGGUGCAGCGUCGACCCCGCCGUGGACGCCGCGUCGCUUGUGGCGGCGGCCAACUCCCCGUCCUGCGACGCGGCUGCGGCGCUGGCACGCGAGGAGGCAAACGUCUAUCGCGCCACGGGUGCGCUGCAGCGGGAGGCGGCGGAGCUGGAGCACGCGGCAGUAGAGGCUAUGUCGCGGGAGCGGCAGCUGCUGAGUAGAGUGCUGCUGGCCUAG